GUGUUCAACUUUGUUUGAAAAUUAUGAAAAAGGUCGCACGUAUGCGUUUGUCACCUAACAACAACAUGAAUGAAGAAAUAUCAAAUCAGAAUAUUUCGACACAAUCUCAAAGUUCAAAUAGCGAACCCAUAGUUCGCACAACAGGACGUAUUAAAAAACCAAAAGCUGUAUUUGAUCCCUCCGACAAUUAUCUGCCACGCGCUCAACGUUCAUUGAAUGUAGGGGCAGUUUCAGCUCUGCAUCAGAACACUUCUUCUACGUUGGAGAGGCGUGCUAGCUACACAAAGGCUUCUACUGUAUCGCCGGUCGCCCAAGUUGAAACUAAAGAUGCCUGCGUUGUUUGCAAGAAAAAGGAGUCUAAGCGUCCAACGUUUGCCAUUAAAAAUCCCCUAAUUACUUGUCAAGACUGUCAGCGCAAAAUUCAUAAACUUUGUUUAAAGGUUGAUUUUGAAGAUUUCGAAAGUGUACAACGUAACUACAAAUGUGACCAAUGUUGUGCCUGCAGAAUAUGUAAUGAUACAUUUAAUAAUCCUGAAGAGGAACUGAUCACUUGUUCAAAAUGUACAAAAUCAUUUCACCUGGUUUGCUUUCCCACAAAAAUUAUUAAAACUGAUAAUCAACGAAAUUGGAAGUGUAACAAGUGUCAGGUAUAUAAUCAAAUAACUAAUGGUACCACGCUACCAGUUAAGAAAAUACGCGAAAUUAUUGGAGGUGGAGAACCAUCUGCCCCAACUACUCCCGUGAAAUCUGAUAACUCGACAAUUGAGAAAACCUCUCCUGACGAAAAAUCCAAUAAUGAGGAUAUGAUACAAAGUUCCACUUCUCCAUCAGUACAAAAAAGAUCAUCCGUGGACCAUUAUAAACAAGAUGCUUCAAAAAUUGAGGAAGCACUUACCAAUGAAAUCACUCCUCCACCUGAAAAACGUGCAAAGGCUUCGGAUCAAUCAACUGAUACCAUUAGUGUGGAAACAGCUUCACUGAAUACGCCUUUGAAAUCAGAUUCAACAGCCCUUUCCUAUACGCCAAACGAACAUUUCGAUGAUAUUCCCGAUGUGAAAGAAUGGUCGGUCGAUCAGGUGUAUGAGUAUUUUUUCAAACACUUUCCCAAAGAAGCUCACGUAUUCAAGGAGGAGGAAAUUGAUGGUCGUUCUCUGUUACUGCUUAAACGCAGCGACGUUGUUAAGAAACUGCCCAUCAAGUUGGGGCCAUCUUUACGUAUUUACAGUCUUAUUUUGAAGAUACAAGCUCAAUUAAAUGAUCCCACAUUAGGUUGGAAUUGUGGUUUGUAAUAAAAAAAUUUUUUAUUUGAAAUGGUAAAUCUACUGGGUAGACUAACAGAUUUUCAUAUUUAUAUUUUUUUCAUUCAAUGUAAUAUUUAUCCUUACAAAAUAUUGAAUUUUUUUAUUUUUAGUUUUGGAAAUAUAAAUUUCAUUUAAUAUACAUAUAUAAUUUAAUUUUUUCUUAAACAAUGUAGUUAAACGAUUGUUAUUGAUAAAAUUGUUCUUUUUCUUCAAAAAAUAUUUUAAAUAAAUAUUAAAAAUUAAAUAAUA